AUACGUGAGCACGCGGUCAUCACCGUUGGAUUCGCUUUAAGAUGCUGGCCUCACAAACGGAGCCCAAACGACGUGAAACAUUCUUUUUCUAAUCCCUCUUCCUUUUCCCCCGAGCGCAACAGUGCCCUCUUCUCCUUCUUCCUUUUCCCACAGCACAAAUCCCUCUCUCUUUUCCUUGCGUGAAACAGAGCACCAGCGCCACGCCGAGGAGGUUGAGGCGCGCGGCGGAGGCCAUCGCCGGACCGACCUGUCCCCUGACCGACCUCGUCUCCUACCUCCGCAAACGGGGCGCCGCUCGUCGUCCCUGGUGGUACACCGGCGAGAGCACGCCGGCCUACAGCAACAACAGUCUGCGUGCACGAGCAAACCGCGCCGCGGCCCCGCGGCCCGCCACCGCGCCCAAAUCAGGACCAGGAGGCCGCCGGUGAGAAGCGCGAGGAAGAGGCGUCCAUCUUCUAGCGCCGGGAGGCCCCCGAGCUCGAAGCGGGAAGACAACCAUUGACAAGCGCGUGAAGAUGCGUUCGCCGCCGACGAGCCAGCAGCCGCGAGUCCGCGGUCGUCGAGCAUGAGGAGGAGCUUGGCUCCGUCGAGCGCGAACACGCUGCCGCCCUCAAACGUGAGGAAUUUGUCGACUACUGCCCAUGGAGAUACUCGUCAAGGCGAAGCUCCAAUCGAGGAAGUCUGGGGUGCGCUCGUAGCCGGAGAAGAUCUAGCAGUCCACGAUAUCCUUCUGCACGUUUUCGGCGGGUGGUCUCUGGAGAGAGCGGGCGGUGCGCUCGAGUUCGCCGAGAUGGCGCAGGAGCGCGGCCACGCUGGGCGUGCUCUGAUGCUGGUGUUGACGUCGUCCGUGCAGGAGGGCGCCGCCGCGGUGGAAAGCAUCGAGGAGGAUGCUGGCCUCUUCAGUCUUCACGCUCUGCGUCAGCCUCAGCCUCGCCGUGACCUCCUCCAUCCUGGAUGGUGGAUGGUAAAGAUGCAAUUCCCCUUCAGUUCCCCUCUCCAUUUUUGGAUUUUGAUGCUUCUAUGUCAUGAAUCGUGAUCGGAAAUAAAGUGUCGGCUAUGUGCAAAAUCUUCCCAAUUUUUUUUUGGCCAAUCCAUGGCUUCACCGUGUGAUUAAUUCUGUGUUGUUAUGUUUUAUCGGUAGGUUUUGAACAGAGCAGAUACGUGUACUCAAUACGGACUGCUCAUCAGUGUACUCCAUUGCAUUCAGUUCAGUCCAUUAAAGUUCAGUGUACUAUGGUUA